AUGUGGUCUUACAACUUCCGUCCAAGUUCUAUGGCAGGAGCCUUGAUGCUCUUGGCCAUACAGACUGUUCAUGCUGUACCAUAUGCUACAGCCACUGGUGUCAGACAUUACACCAAUAGCAGCACAACCGCUUUCCAUCCAUAUCCAACAGAUACCCACACAGUCAUCGGAUUGAUGGAUAUCGAACCCAACAUGCCACAUGAUCCAGAUGCGCAAUGUCAGUUCUGGUGGGACAACGAUGGCUCGAUCUCCUGCAAGGAAAUGCCCAAAGCUUUCAAGAUCAGUCUCGAAGACUGGCUGCGAUGGAACCCAUCUUUGACCAAGGAUUGUGGUAACUAUAUCACUGGCCGGUCCUACUGUAUCGAGGGUCCCGAAGGUCCUCAAUCGACAACCACCACUCCACCUCCUCUGACUACAACUGACCCAACCGCCGUUGUGACACCUUCUCCCAUUCAGUCUGGAAUGGUCAAAAAUUGCAACAAGUUCCACAAGGUUGAAAAGAGUCAAACAUGCAAUGAUAUCGCCUCCAAGUUUGGCAUCUCGGAAGAUGAUGUCAAGAAAUGGAACCCUGAAGUUGGAUCUGACUGCACAGGAAUCUGGGCCAACGUUUACGUAUGCAUUGGCGUCAUUGGUGGGAGCGCUCCUACUCCCUCAUCUACAACUACGACUACCGGGAAUGGAGUUUCGACGCCUUUGCCUACUCAGACUGGAAUGGUCAACAAUUGUAGUCACUUCUACAAAGUACACGAGGGGGAAACAUGCAAAUACAUCGCAGAAUACCACUCCAUACCUCUCGAAGACAUCAUCAAAUGGAAUCCGGCUGUUGGUCCAGACUGUACCGACAUAUGGGCCGGCACAUGGCUAUGCUGGCAGACAAUCGGUUACGUCCGCCCAAAACCAACCACCACAAAGAAUACAUCACCUACGAGCCCUGAAACAGGCGUCGUGACCCCCUCACCCUUUCAACCCGGAAUGAUCAAGAACUGUGAAAAGUUUCAUUAUGUCGAAAAAGGUCAGACCUGCGCCUGGAUCGCUGCCAAGUACGGCAUUGCACCUAGCAGAUUAGAAGAGUGGCACACAUCAAUCACAAACGGGUGUGACGGACUCUGGGCAAACUCCAAUGUCUGUGUCCGUCCUCAAGGGUACAAGCCCUCAACAAAGCUCCAGUGCUUUAACGAUGGCUGGGCAUGGGGCGAUAAUUACCAAGCUGCCUGGGAUUCUGUAAAGCAGUGGUGCGAUGGGAAAGAUAAUAGUGAUGGUAGCUACGGCUACCAACCUGGUCAGGUAAAGUAUGGCUGUUUCAAUACCCCGAUUGGUUCUCACACAAUUCGGUGGAUGGGCCGCAAUGAUUUUGGCAGCGGUGCCUCUCUCGAGCCGUCUACAUGCGAGGGAAUGCUGUAUUAUCUUCUCCAGAGUUGUCCCAAGGGGGGUAAAUCCUGGUUUGAGGGAUGGUAUAUUGAAGGCUCUGUGCCCCAAGGCCGAUGCUCAUAG